GACCGCUAUAGCGGCCGGAAUGUCCCGUUUGACAUGUCCUAUACUCGGUAUACCUACGAAACAUCCAUUCCUCAGUAAACUCACACCCGUUGUCAGACAUAUCCACCACAUCUCGUAUCCGACCAUUACAACUCUCCCCCAUUCAACCUACAACCAAUCCACUUCGAACGCAUCGAGUGAAACGCAACAUAUACCCGCCUUACUCCCUUUGAUACCACCUCCUGGUGGAUGGUAUACUGUACCUUAUAAUUCAUCCCGAAGAAGUUUCGCAAAUCAUCUACGAAUAUCAACCCGACGAAUUCAUCAUGACUCAUUUCACAAUACAAUCUUUUCAUAUCCCCCUCGAAGAAGAAUCAUGGAACUGAAGAUAUUGUCAUAUUCAUAUAGAAGGUUCAGUUCAGGAAAUAACACUCAGCAAGAUAAAAAAACGACUGCUAAUACGACUCCGGACCCUACACGUAGCGACUCUUUCACUCAAGAAUCGAACGGAGCGUCGGGUAGUACGACUAAUACUGGGGAUCGGUCUACAAGUAUAAAUGAAAUUAAUCCGUCGGGUGCGAUGGGGAACGAAUCUGAAAUCUCAGGAAUAAUCACGAGUAAAGACGAACUAGAGACUGAAGAAUCAGAAGGAGGAACACCUGUUGGGGAAACAAGAGUAAAUCUAGAGGAGAUUUCUUCAUCAAACUCUACUGAGAGAACGUCCGAGGUUCAAGUCAACGAAGAAGAUGAUGCUGGGGAGUUCAAAGGAAGAUAUACAGGGUCGACACAACAGAACCUUAAGGUUGAAAAUUCUGAAGAAGGUAGAGAGGAUGGAAAGAUUGAGAUUGAGAAUGAGGGGAGUUUGAGAAAUCGUUGGAAGAUAUUUAUAACUUCUUUAGGAGAAACGAGUGAGAGGUUUGUAGAGGUUUUGAAUAAACGAUUGAACGUCGCUACGGGUUAUGAUGAGGUUGAAAGGUUGAAAAAGAGUGUUAUGGAGAAAGAUUGUUUAUUCUUUGGUCUGGGAGGGAUGAUAGGUGGGAUCGUCAUUAUGGCUUUUACAACUUGGGCGUCGAGAUGA